UGUUCGAGCUAAAACUACUUUUUCAGUACUUCCAUAGUAUGAACAUUUGAAAUUGUCUUCCAGGCAAAAAAGUCAAUUCGCUUCAUUAGAAGAGUUUAAGUGUUGAUAAAUUUCGAAAAACCGAAGGCGGUGAAAAGUGAAAGAUGUCAGAGUGGCCGCUUGAUCAGUACGAUACAAAUGGUUUUGCUGUUAUCGAAGAUUUUUUUACCGAAGAAGAAACGAAUGAACUGCGCGAAUCUGGUUUGGAAUUAUGUAAAAAUGCACCCGAAAAUCAUCGUCAAACAUUUAGCACCAAAGACGCGGCUUCUCAUUUAAAAGACGACUAUUUUCUUAGUUCGGCUAAUAAAAUUCAUUAUUUCUAUGAAGAUGGUGCACUGGAUGGUGAUGGAAAUUUGCUAGUGGAUAAAAGAGUCGCAAUUAACAAGAUUGGUCACGCACUUCAUGUACUUCAUUCAACAUUUAAAAAGUAUACAUUUGACGAACGUGUUAAAAAUGUAGCGAAAAAACUUGGCUUCAAAAAACCCAGCAUACCGCAGAGCAUGUUCAUUUAUAAAAAUCCAAAGAUUGGCGGUGAAGUGAAACCACACCAAGACGCAACAUUUCUUCACACCGUUCCAAUUUCGAUAACUGGCUUUUGGAUACCCACUGAAGACGCAACACUUGAAAAUGGUUGUUUGUGGUUCAUCAAAGGUUCACAUAAACACGGACUGGAUAGACGUGUGGUUCGCAAUACAAAUCCAAAUUCGAAUGAAUUAUUAGUAUUUGACAAUCCACCACCAAAGUAUUCGCAAGAUUUAUUUACUCCGACUCCUGUGAAAAAAGGAUCACUAGUCAUCAUUCACGGAUUGGUUGUACAUCAAAGCGAAUCGAAUCGCUCGAAUAAAAGCCGUCUUGCAUACACAUUCCAUGUUAUGGAAACGGAAAAUGUAAAAUAUUCGCCAGACAAUUGGCUACAACUGCCAGAAGGCGAAGACUUCCCAAAACUCUUUUAAAUAAAUUCAAAUGCAUACAUAUAUUUUUCACUUUCUAAAUAAAUUGCUUGAAAUGAUCAAUUAAUCAAGGUUUGCAAUAA